AUGCAGCUCUGGCGGCGACCUGCUAUCGGGCCUAACGAUGCUAAAGAUGCUUACAUCGACCCAACCGCCUUUGCCCGGCUGAGGUACCUGGACACUUCCCUGCUGGUCUGGCAGCAGCAGCAGCAGGACAUGCAGGCCACCGCACCCCCCAACUACCUGAGCCGCAGCCAGUCGGCCUGGUACAGCAGCUUUGGGAACCAGGCCGUGCUGGUCCGGGACAAGAAGGGCCUGGAGGAUGCGGACGGGCGGUCCAGGAUCUGCAGCAUCAUGUAGACUAGAACCAGGAACUUGAGCAGAUUGGUUUCACUCCAGUCUGGCGUGAUGCUAUAUAAACAUCAACAGUAAAGUCCUGGUCUUGGAGGACCUCGGUCUGAAACCAGAUAGAAGAUACCGGCCAGGAGGCAGUGGGAAAUGUAGGCUCUGUAAAGACUCCAGGUCCAGAACAACAACAGACCACCUCAUCUCCUGCCAGUCUGUUUGAACUGAACCAGAUCCUCCAGUCUAAACUUUGAAACUGGUUCAGCAUUUACUGUUAUGAGCCCUGCACAUAAAGGGGCGGAGUUUACAGCAUCUGACCAAUCAGACGAGGAUGUGUCAGCUGAUACAGAUACAUUCUGUUAAUGGUACACAAGUUGAGUAUUAGAACAGCUUCUGUACCUGUUCAGGUCUCCAUGACGACAUCAUUGUUUACAUCUAACAAAUAAAAGCACCUGAAAUUAAA